UAAUCCUUACCUUGCAAGCCAACCCUGCCUUAGCCCUUCUUAUUAUUCCUCAUAUAAAUCCCUAGUUGAUCCUAUCAUCUACCUUCAAAGUUCCAGCCUGCUCCCUGGAACCAUCCAUUAUUGGUCCGCUCUUCAGAAACUGCAACUUUUUGACAUCAGAGACGAUGGAUUACAGUGGCGUUCUCAAUAACCUGCUUCCGAGCAUAGGACUCAAUAUGUCGGAUGCUGCCGGGAAUGACACGACGGAUAACACACCGCACGCAAAAGUGGUAGAGAGCAUCCUCGGCCUCGUCGGACUCCGUGGCUUUGCUCCCAUCUACGGGUUCAUAGGCAGCAAGCUAGGCAUCGAGCCGUCCUAUAUACUAACAGCUAUUGGCGUUAUCUGGGCGUUCAAUAAGUUAUUCCGCCAGAUAUAUACAUCCCUUUACAACAUCGUGAUCAGCCACUUUAUGUGCAGUAUCCACAUCCUCAACAGCGAUGACAUCUACGCGCAUCUCAUGGAGUGGUUGGCUUCCCAGCCCCAGAUCGUCAACUCAAGAGCCCUGAUAGCCGAGACCGCAAGCAAGAGGGCUUGGGAGUUCGAGGACGCGUCAGAUCUGGCAAGGGAUAACACCGGACGCUAUCUUAACUUCUCGAACCAAGAAGCUAGAGCUCCACCACAGUACAGCCCGUCAAUAGGUCUCCACGGCUUCUGGUGGAAGGGGCAAUAUUUCCGGCUUCAGCGCAAGCGGGAGUCCGUACUCGACGAGAACAGCCUCGGCCAAGUGUUAAAGGACCAGGAAGACAUAGUGAUCUCCUGUUUUUGGAGAAGUCCGGAGCCUAUCAAGCAGCUCCUCGCGCACGCCAAAGAGCAGUACUACCGCGACCACCAGGCGCGCACGAUCGUCAAGCGUCCGAGCAUGUACCACAACACGCGGCGGUACGCGGGCCGCUGCAGCUGGCACCAGGUCGCGAACCGGCCCGUGCGCGACAUCCGCACCGUCGUGCUCGACGAGAAGCAGAAGCUGCAGGUCCUCGCCGACAUCAACGAGUACCUGCACCCGGAGACGCCGCGCUGGUACGCGAACCGCGGCAUCCCCCUGCGCCGGGGUUACCUCUUCCACGGCCCCCCCGGAACCGGGAAGACGUCGCUCUCCUUCGCGCUCGCCGGUAUCUUCGGCCUCGACAUCCACGUCAUCUCCCUGCUCGAGCCGAGCCUGACCGAGGAGGACUUGAGCAGCCUGUUUGCCUCGCUGCCGCGCCGGUGUAUCGUCUUGUUAGAAGACAUCGACACAGCCGGUCUCCGGCGCCCCGCCAGCAAAGACGACGAGCCCGCCCCCCCAUCCACCACCUCCCCCUCCUCGUCCUCCUCCCGCGGCUCCAAGCCCGGCGGUAGGCACGCCAACGCCAACGCCGACGCCGAGCUCAAGGAAGGCUGGAAGAUCAGCGACCUGGCAAAAGCGCUGAAGCAGGAAGGCGACGCGGACCGGAAGACGGGGAUCUCUUUGUCGGGGCUCUUGAACGCGAUCGACGGUGUGGCCUCGCACGAGGGGCGCGUGCUGAUCAUGACGACUAACACGCCUGAGCAGCUGGACGAGGCGCUAAUCCGGCCGGGCCGUGUCGACCUGCAGGUCGCCUUCGCGAACGCGACGCAGGACCAGGCGCGCGAGCUGUUCAUCCGCAUGUACGAGGGCGCCUCCUCUCCUUCUACUACCUUGGCCAGCACGCCGGCACCGGGGAUGGGGUUGGAGAAGGCCACGACAGGGAAGGCGAUAAAUGGCGACACAAAAGAGGCGAAUGGUUUCGGUCCUAACGAGACCGGGGAUCUAGACGUCCCCGUCGACGAGCUGCCCGCCAUAGCCCAGGAAUUCGGAAACAAGAUCCCCGAUAGCGAGUUCUCGCCCGCGCAGAUCCAGGGGUACCUCCUCAAGCGCAAGAAGCACCCCCGCAAAGCUCUCGAAGAGGUGGAUAUGUGGGUCGAGGGGUUUCUUAAGCAGAAGGCGCUGAAGAGCAAGAUCGUGCAGGUACAAUAGAAGCUUGUUAUGACGGAUGAGGUAUGAGAUAUGCCAGAAGAGUCAUGGGAAAAAAACUCGGAUUGAGGCUAGGCGUACUGAGAGAUGAAAAAUAUUUGACCUAUGCCGAAUAAGCACGUCAGCAUCAUCUAUGUCGGUAAUGGUACGCUGGCGUUGGGCCUGUUCGACUUUGUGGCAUUAGCCGGAGUUUGCGAGGUUCCGCCAGGUUUCGGUGUGUUAGCAUUGCGUUAGAUAUUUAAGAUUAUGAAUACAUAAUGAAACAAGGCGAACGGUAUUCGUGAUACAAUUUUGGAUUGAUAUGAUCUACUAAUAUCAUUAGUUGAAACCAUUGUGA